AUGGCUGCUUCGAGUAGAUCGCUCGCUUUUUGGCAAAGGGUGGCCCCACGGGUCCCCUUCUGUGCAAGAGAACGAACCCGGACAUGUGCAUCGGUUUCCAGAUUGCAGUCAAGCCCUCUCAGUGGCAUUCACAGCCGUUCCACGCCGAUUGCAAACGCUGUGCUCGUGAAGACUCAAUGCCGAUAUAAAUCCAGCUCGGUAGGAUCGACAUCCUCUGCGCCUGUGGAGACCGAAGACAAUGUUCUCAGGGUUGGACGCGUUAAGAUUCCCAACAUCUGGCUCAGGGACAACUGCCAAUGCAGCACCUGCUUCCACGCAGACACGAAACAACGGCUUCACGAUACAUUCCAGAUACCCCAUAAUCUUCGUAUUAGAUCCUCUGAGUCAGAUGGAAAGACAACUGCCAUAGAAUGGAGCGACGGCCACAGGAGCCGCUACGACCACUCCGUCCUUCGUCAGGCGGCAGCGCCCUUCAAAGAGCGUGCCAUUAUCCGUCAAGGCCUGGCAGAAGAGCCCGUAUAUUGGGGCUCUGAGAUCGCGUCUUCGCCCCCUAAAGUCCCACAUGACGCUCCGAAUGCCAUGAGAAAAAUCCUUGAGAAUAUUCGUAACUACGGCUUCACCUACAUAACCAACGUCCCCUUCCAUUCCCCCACCCCGACAGAGGAGAUCCUCACCUCCAUCGCCGGCUUCCUCCGUCUAACCCACUACGGCGGCUUCUACGUCUUCACCUCGGACCUCGCCUCCGCCGACACGGCCUACACCAACAUCGCCCUCGAAGCCCACACCGAUACCACCUACUUCUCCGAACCAGCCGGUCUGCAAGCCUUCCACCUACUCUCGCACACGGACGGCGAGGGCGGCGCCAGUCUCCUCGUCGAUGGGUUCAAGUGCGCUCUCGACCUCAAGAGCCAGGAUCCGGAGGCGUAUAGGAUCCUGAGCGAGGUCAACGUGCAUGCGCAUGCGAGUGGGAACAAGGGGAUUUCCAUCCAGCCGUUCCGCGGGUUCCCCGUUUUCUCGCACGAUCCCGCUACAGGCCAGCUCCUGCAGGUGCGCUGGAACUCGUCCGACCGAGCUGGCAUCGAGCUCCCCAUUGCCGAGACACCCAAGUGGUACGCUGCGGCUAGGAAGUACAAUGCGCUGCUGAAGAAGAAGAGGAAUGAGUAUUGGGAGCAGCUGACGCCGGGGAACAUUCUGCUGUUUGAUAAUUGGAGGGUGCUGCAUGGGAGGAGCGCGUUUACAGGGAAGAGGACGAUUUGUGGGGCUUAUGUUAGCAGGGAUGAUUGGGUGAGUCGGUGGAAGAUUGAGAGAUGGGGGGAUGAGGCGGCAGGGAGGGCUAUCGCGGCGAGUUAA